AUGAAGAGCUUCGUCGCCGUCGCGGCCUUUGCUGCCGGCACCAACGCCCUCGUUGGCCGCAGUGACAGCUGCUGCUUCCACCUGACCUCCUCCGGAGGUCUCUCUGGCGACCUGGGCCAGCUGGAUGAUGGCCAGGUCCGCAUUGGUGACAACAGUCUGUCGCCUGCUUCGUUCUGCCUCGACUCCUCCAGCGGCGCCAUCACCGAUAGCGCUGGCCGUGGCUGCGUCAUCACCUCCGAGACCACCCAGUUCCAGUGUGAUGAGGGUGCUUCCCCUGUCACUGGCUUCUCGGUCUCUUCCUCCGGCAAACUCGAGUUUAACGGCAGCCAGGACUUCGUGGCCUGCCAGACCGGCCAGAACGACGGCCGUAAUGUCUACACCACUGAAAGCGCUGACGUGACCCAGUGUGUCAACGUUCAGCUCACUGCCGACUCGUGCUCUGGUUCUGGUUCUGGCUCCGGUGCCUCUUCGUCUGGAAUUGCUUCCUCCACCGGCGCUGCCUCGAGCAUCCCCAUGACCCCCAGCUCUAGCGUUCCCGUUGCUCCCAGUUCCAGCACUCCUGUUGUCCCCGGCUCCAGCGUCCCUGUUGCUCCUAGCUUCAGUGUCCCCGCCGUCCCCAGCUCCGAGGCUUCCUCCGGCCCCGGUGUUGAGAGCACUCCUGCUGCUACCUGGCACAGCUGGACCCCCAGCCCUUCAGCCCCGGCUGAUACCUCGGCCCCUCUGCCCGGUCCUACCUCCACUGUGGUGAACACUGUCACCGUGACUGACUGCAGCUGCUCGGCCUCUAGCGGCUUCCCUGGGGGUGGCUCCUCUGUCCCCGGCGAGUCUCCCGCUCCCUCUGGCUGGACCUCCGUCGCCACUGUCGCUCCCAGCGUUCCGGCCUCCUCUGGCGGUGCUCAGCCCUCUGGCCCUGCUGGCGGCUCCUCUAGCGUUCCCACUGCUCCCACCUCCAGCCCUCCCGGUGGCUCGCAGCAGCCCUCUGGCUCUGCUAGCGUCCCUGCCAGCUCUGCCUCCAGCACUCCUUCGUCCACUGGCUCGUCCAGCGGCAGCUGCCCUACCGACCUCUCCGGCGACUACGAGUACCCUCACCUGAUCAUCCCCAUCGACUCGUCCUCGCCCGACACUGCGGCCGGCACCUCCUUCAACGGUACCGUGACCUCGACUGUCUCGAGCGUCUUCAACUUCGACAUCCCCUCGUCCGACUCCGGCAAGACCUGCAGCCUGGUCUUCCUCUUCCCCGAGCUGCAGGACCUCGAGACCUCUUCAUAUAGCUUCAGCGGUGACGGCAAGAUCGAUUUCGCCAAGCUGUCCGAGGCUGCCAGCAGCGAGACCACCUACAACAACGUCCCUUCCGUCGAGAAGGACCUGGGUGAUAUCACCGUCUCACCCGGCAACUCCUACGUUGUCUCCACCUUCUCUUGCCCCGCCGGCGAGACUGUCGCCUAUGAGAUGAAGAACGCCGGUAGCACCGAGCUGAACUUCUUCGAGGACUACAACCCCUCUCCUCUGGGUCUGUACAUCACCGUCUGCUAA